ACAAUGUCUGAGAAGAUUGGACCCGUUGGUGGUAACAAUGGAGUUGCAUUCGAUGAUGGUGUCUUCGAUGGUGUGAAGAAAAUAACUGUUGGAAAUGAUAUUGACUGUGUGUCUUAUAUCAAGAUCGAAUACGAAAAGGAUGGAGAAUUUGUAACUAUUGAACAUGGGACGAUUCACGGGGAGUUGAACGAGUUUGCUGUUGAUUACCCGAAAGAAUCUAUCACAUCCGUUGGUGGAAGCUACGAUUAUGUUAGCCGCUAUAACACAGUGCUGAUCACAUCGCUAAUCUUCAAAACUUCUUUUGGAAGAACUUCUCCAAUGUUCGGUUACUCAUAUGGGGAAGAAUUCAUGCUCAAGGGUAAAAAUGGAGGAAAACUUAUUGGAUUCUACGGACGCUCUGGUCAGGCUAUUGAUGCGAUUGGUGCAUACUUUUCGCUAGUUCCUGAACCCGAAAAGACAGUUGUAGUGGGUGGUAACAAUGGAGAUGCAUUUGACGAUGGUGUUUUCCACGGUGUCAAGAAAAUAACUGUGGGAAAAGACAUUGACUGUGUGUCUUAUAUCAAGAUCGAAUACGAAAAAGACGGGGAAUUUGAAACCUGUGAACAUGGGACGAUUCGCGGAGAACUAGAAGAGUUUGAUGUGGACUAUCCAAAUGAAAACAUCAUAGCUGUUGGUGGAAGUUACGAUUAUGUUAAUCGCUAUAAGACAAUUCUGAUCCAAUCGUUGUUCUUCAAAACUUCCUUUGGAAGAACUUCUCCAAUAUUCGGUGCAAGUCCAAGUGGGACAGAAUUUAUGUUAGAAGGGACAAAUGGAGGAAAGCUUCUUGGAUUCCAUGGACGCUCUGGUCAGGCUAUUGAUGCCGUUGGUGCAUACUUUUGGUCAAUUCCUGCACCUGCAUCAGAAAAGAUUGAAGAAGUGGGUGGUAUCAAUGGAGAUGCAUUUGACGAUGGUGUUUUCCACGGUGUCAAGAAAAUAACUGUGGGAAAAGAUAUUGACUGUGUGUCUUAUAUCAAGAUCGAAUACGAAAAAGACGGAGAAUUUGAAACCCGUGAACAUGGGACGAUUCGCGGAGAACUAGAAGAGUUUGAUGUGGACUAUCCAAAUGAAAACAUCAUAGCUGUUGGUGGAAGUUACGAUUAUGUUAAUCGCUAUAAGACAAUUCUGAUCCAAUCGUUGUUCUUCAAAACUUCCUUUGGAAGAACUUCUCCAAUAUUCGGUGCAAGUCCAAGUGGGACAGAAUUUAUGUUAGAAGGGACAAAUGGAGGAAAGCUUCUUGGAUUCCAUGGACGCUCUGGUCAGGCUAUUGAUGCCGUUGGUGCAUACUUUUGGUCAAUUCCUGCACCUGCAUCAGAAAAGAUUGAAGAAGUGGGUGGUAUCAAUGGAGAUGCAUUUGACGAUGGUGUUUUCCACGGUGUCAAGAAAAUAACUGUGGGAAAAGACAUUGACUGUGUGUCUUAUAUCAAGAUCGAAUAUGAAAAAGACGGAGAAUUUGAAACCCGUGAACAUGGGACGAUUCGCGGAGAACUAGAAGAGUUUGAUGUGGAUUAUCCAAAUGAAAACAUCAUAUCUGUUGGUGGAAGCUACGAUUAUGUUAAUCGCUAUAAGACAAUUUUGAUCAAAUCGUUGUUCUUCAAAACUUCUUUUGGAAGAACUUCUCCAAUAUUCGGUGCAAGUCCAAGUGGGACAGAAUUCCUGUUAGAGGGGACAAAUGGAGGAAAACUUAUUGGAUUCCAUGGACGCUCUGGUCAGGCUAUUGAUGCCAUUGGUGCAUACUUUUGGUCAAUUCCCGCACCCCAAAAGAUUGAAGCAGUGGGAGGAAACGGGGGAGUUGUCUUCGAUGAUGGUGUUUUCGAUGGUGUGAAGAAAAUAACUGUUGGAAAAGAUAUUGACUGUGUGUCUUAUAUCAAAAUCGAAUACGAAAAGGAUGGAGAAUUUGAAACCUUUGAGCAUGGGACGAUUCGCGGGGAACUGAAAGAGUUUGAUGUGGAUUAUCCGAAUGAAUGUAUCACAUCUGUUGGUGGAAGCUAUGAUCAUGUUAUCCGCUAUAACACGGUGUUGAUCAAAUCGCUAAUCUUCAAAACUUCUUAUGGAAGAACUUCCCCAACAUUCGGGGAGACGGAUUCCAAUGGAAAGCCAGUUGGAAAAGAAUUCAUCUUUGAGGGUAAAUAUGGAAAAAAUCUUCUUGGGUUCCACGGACGCUCAGGUCAGGCAAUUGAUGCCAUUGGAGUUUACUUUGGAGCUGGAGGAAAUUAAG